CGGGGAGGAGGAGCAUCGCGGCGGCGGCUGAGCCCUGCUCUUCGGGGAGGCCGGCGGAGGGGCCCGGUGGCUCCAGCCCCGCAGCAGCAGGCGGCGGAGCGGGGGUUGCCGGCCGCGCCACCCGCGAUGUGGACGCAGCACCGGCGGCGGGGGGCCGCGUAGGGGCCGAUCGCGGCGGGGCGGGCGCGCCCCAGCCCUGCGGGGACCCGGCUCCGCGGGGCGCUCGGCUUCUGGCGAAGACUCCGGCCGGGGCAGCGGCGCGUCGGCUCGCCCGUGCCCCGGGGCCGGCGGGGGGAUGCGCCCUUAGCCGCCCUCUGCGCGCUGCCCUGCGCGCCGCCCGGACCUGCGCCUGGCGAGCCCCCGCGCACCCGCCCCUGGCUGGCCAAAACUUGUUGGACUUGUUUUUCCGGCGCCGGCUGCUCCCCAGGUGGGGCUGGCCGAGCUCGGCUUGGGGGGCAGAGUAAAGGGGCUCGGGCCCAGCCUGCGUCUCUGGAAUUUUCAGCCCUCCUGCCCCAGCGCAGCCCCACGGACUAACGGCGCGGGUUGAGGGUCACAGCCCGGAGCCGGGCGGCUAGACCAGGCCGGAGUUACCCCCCUGCGCCAAAUAACCAGUAACUCGCUCGUUUUAGCUCUAUUCCUCCCCCCCCCGCCCGCCCCGCUGAUUUGUUUUUCCCAUUGGAAGGCGUCGCUGUUUCCUCGGGCUGCCCCACGGAGAUAUGGCCAUGGUGGCUGGAGGCUGGGGAGACCCGAACGGAGACACCAACGGGGUGGACAAGGGUUACCCCAGGACCUCCGAAGAGGACUCGGUGUCGCCCCAAGGUGGGGUGAGCGACCAGGAGCACGGGGACGAGGACAAGCCGGGCAUCCAGGUGGACUGCACCGUGUGCGGGGACAAGUCCAGCGGGAAGCACUACGGGGUCUUCACCUGCGAGGGCUGCAAGAGCUUCUUUAAGCGGAGCAUCCGGAGGAACCUGAGUUACACCUGCAGGUCGAGCCGAGACUGUCAGAUUGACCAGCAUCACCGCAACCAGUGCCAGUUCUGCCGCCUGAAGAAGUGCUUCCGUGUGGGCAUGAGGAAAGAAGAACUAGUAAACGCUGCUCACCAGCUGCCUAGAAAACCAGCUGUCCAGAGAGGCAGGAUCCCGCCCACUCACUCCAGCACCAGCCCGAGCGCCAUGCCCAGCGGGGAGUAUUACAACGGGCAGCCGGUCUCGGAACUCAUCUCCCAGCUGCUCCGGGCGGAGCCCUACCCGACCGCCCGCUACGGCUCGCAGUACGCCCAGCAGGGCAGCGUGAUGGGCAUCGACAACAUCUGCGAGCUGGCGGCCAGGCUGCUGUUCAGCACGGUGGAGUGGGCCCGGAACAUCCCUUUCUUCCCGGAACUGCCGGUCUCCGACCAGGUGGCCUUGCUGCGGCUGAGCUGGAGCGAGCUGUUCGUCCUCAAUGCCGCGCAGUCGGCACUGCCGCUGCACAUGGCCCCCCUGCUGGCCGCGGCCGGCUUCCACGCCUCCCCCAUGUCCGCGGAGCGCGUGGUGUCCUUCAUGGACCAGAUCCGGAUAUUUCAGGAUCAGGUGGAAAAACUGAACCGGCUGCAAGUGGAUUCUGCUGAAUACAGCUGCCUGAAGGCCAUCGCCCUCUUCACACCAGAUGCCUGCGGCCUCUCAGACCCUGCCCACGUGGAGAGCUUGCAAGAGAAGGCGCAGGUGGCCCUGACGGAGUACGUCCGUGCCCAGUACCCAUCUCAGCCCCAGCGCUUUGGCAGACUCCUGCUGCGGCUCCCGGCGCUCCGGGCGGUGCCGGCUUCACUCAUCUCUCAGCUCUUCUUUAUGAGACUGGUGGGGAAGACACCCAUCGAAACACUAAUUAGGGACAUGCUGCUGUCUGGGAGCACGUUCAACUGGCCUUACGGGACGGGGCAAUAGGAGACAGCGGGAAUUCUCCCCUCGCGGUCCCAGAUGCAGCUCGGGAACCCCAGCCCGUUCCACCAGAAACCCUUCCUCGCUGGGCCCUGUCCUGAGCGGUUCCUGCACGGCCAGAGGCUCAGGCCUGCACGGUUCUUUUCCAGGCCGGAGUCCCAGACAGUGCGGCCCCCCACCCACGUGGCAACGUUAGCUGGCGCCUCGCCCGGGUGUUGCACACGGAACCCCCUCCCCACUCAUGGAGUGGGUCAGCAAAGGGAUGGAGCCGAUGACUUUUCAGAGUGCGACAGCAGAUGGCUCUGGAUAGGUGACGACUGGAAUCGAACAAUGGGCGGGUCGUGCGGUCGGGAUUUGAACUUUUAUUUUUUCCUUAUUUAGAAAAACCUCUCUGAAGGCAAGACCAGCUCAAACUCCCGUCCCUGGGGAACCGGACAACAGAGGUGGGAAAUGACUGUGGGCUAUUCUGCUGCUCUGCCUGUUGCCUCUGAGCCAGUCCAGAGCGACCGGGGCUGCAGGCCUCUCUCUCCUGCCCCCUCCCCCCGUCUGCCUUUUGCACGCAAGCUAAAUGACAGAUGUCAGGUAAAAUAGCCAGCAGCUGUCUCUGGCAAGAGCGUUUUGAGCCCUAGGAACUAGACCCGGCGGAGAGCCCAGCGCCUGGUCCCUAGCCAAUGGCAGACCACUCUAGGGAAUAACAGAACUGCCCAGUGUCAGACGGGUUAAAAUAACCAAGUUCGGGAAGGGAGAUAAAGCCGUACCCUCCAGGGAUGUGCCAGUGUGUGGUGGGGGACAGGGGGAGGGGAAGGAAAAAGGGGGUCACGUUAGGCCUUGCAUGGGUUCUUGCAUCAUCUCUGCUUUCAAGGCCCAAGGGAUCAUUCCGCUCUGAGCAGCAGCCUCCCAGGCCCCAUGCUGUCACCCAGUCACGCCUGCAUCUAGCGCAACAACUAGGGAGAACCUAGGUGCUGGCCACGGGCUACUGGGCUAGAAGGGCCACAGGUCAGAUCCAGUCUGGCCUUCCAUGGGGGAAGAGCUCCAGUGCUUGGCCCUGCCUGCUUCCCUCGACCCCCUGCAGGCAACGACGCUUCCCUGCUGUUCAGCCCGAAUUCACCUUGGCUCUAGUUACACGAUGCCUGGCCUGGCGUGGAGACAGUAGGCGAAGGGGAGGCAUUUCCUAUAUUACAGAUGACCUCCCCCCAUUCAUUUCACCACUCUAUAUUUGACAUCUCCCAGCUCAGCUCAAGCCAGUCCCUCUCCGCCUGUGAUCGUGUCAAGGAAAGUUAGCAGCUGCUUUACACCGCAGACCCUUAUAUAUAGGAAACACUGUCUCCUCCCCUUUCCUUUUUUUCAGGCAUACAGCUGUUUCCCUCUCCUAAUUCUGCUGAGCCUUUGAGGAGCGGUAGUGAGCUCUUAAAUUGCUUGAAGGCUGCCAACAUCUGAAGUGGAAGGGAGGGGACCAAGAGGCAGAAUCUCUGUAUGGCAAAAUAAAAAGCAGACUGCAAUUAUUAAAUCCAGGACAGGUAGUGGGUAAAUCACUCUUUGCAAGGGCAGGGCUGGCCAGAUUCAGGGUUAUGUGCUAAACUGGUAAGUGGGGCAUGGUUUAUUUGUCCUAUUAAAAGAUACUGUUCUUUUGGCAAUUGCUGAUACACAUGGGAAUUGCUGUUGCAGAAAAGAACCUAGCACGGGGGGGUCAAUGCAAAGUGAGGCAGAUCUGGGGCAGACCUCGUUCCUGGAACCGUGUGGCCUCUGCCCCACAAGUGUGGCUGCUCCCCAGUGAUGCAAGCCUGAGGAUCCUUGCUAUAAACAGGCUCGGCACAGACAUCCUAUCUCUGUGUAAGCAAAAGAAAGCUAGAUGGGUGGAGGACUUUUUAUUUAGAUCAAGUCCUGAUUCUAAACCCAUUAACUGAAGUCAAUGCAGAUGUUCCUUUUACGAAGGGGUGCUCUGUUUAGAGGGGAGUGGGGAAGGCGCUGGCCUUCGACCACAUGGGCUGGGGUGGGAAUGAGCUGCCUGGAUUUUGAAUACCUGCCUUUCCCCCCUUCAGUAUAUAUUGCAGGAGACUUUUCAGCACAGCAGCCACACAAAUCUUUAAUCCAGCUCCCCUAAAAACUUCCGAGGAGAGAUCUCAUUUUCGUCUCUGAGGGAGGAGGAGCAUGACAACGGCUCUCCAUUAAACACACUGGCACCCACUGGUUUUUAAAGGCCGGAGAAACAGCUGCUUUGCAGCCACCUUGCGGAUUCACUUUGCCUGGAGUUAAGCCAUGGUUGCAAGGUGCCUGGGAGAUACGAAGCGCUAAAUCUUAUUGUUACACAUUCACAUUGCUGCUCCAAAGCGCCCUCCUACUGUGGAGGCAAAUAGGACCCUGAAUCCACAUUUUCCAAGCGUGACUAGAGAUUCUGGGGUGUCCAAGGUGAGGCACCACAACGGGGCAUGACUUUCAGAAAGCAGGUGCUGGGCAAGCUCUGAAAGCAUGGCCCCCUUUGAGGGCAUCCAGAAACAGUGGUACCCAAAAUCUCUAGUCACUCUUGAAAAAAAUGAGGCCCUGGAUUCUGCUGUUCUAUGCAAAGAGCCUUAACACUAAACCCGCUUGCACUUAAUCCCCGAGAGCAGGGGCGUUUUGGUCACCCAGGGGCAUUAUGGGAUAUUAUCAGGUGUGGCAAAACCAGCGCAGAGCCCCGAUACUUGAAAUUUUCAAGUAAGGUUUGGUGCUAUGAAGAGAUUUUUCUGUUCAGAAAUAAGAACCAGACGCGCCGCUGAAUCCUGCGUGGGCAUUGAUGCCCCAGUCUGGGUCCCUAAGGGGCUGGGAAAUGAACUUUUCCCCCGUCACCAAAGCAGAGAGUUACUGUUGCUGUCGCACUGAGUGUCUCCAGGUCUAAGCGCCAGGGCAGCACGCCUGCAAAGACCCCCUUAGAAAAGGGCUCAGCCAAAGAAUCACAACAAUAAAAGUGUGUUUUAUGCUUC